GGCGCUGCGGCGACCGCGACUGCUGCUUCCUCGGGCCAUUUUGCUGAGGAGCGAAGGGGAGGAGGAGCCGCCGAGGAGACUCAAGGCGAGGAGCGGCGAGCCGGAGGAGGCGGCGGCCGCGCGGGCACGGGCUUUCCUCGAUCGCGGGGAUCUCGAGGGGCGAAGGGAUCGCCUGGGAGGGGGACUGGAGAGCCGCGCCUGCCGCGCGGCGCGCCCCUUCCCGCCCCCUGCACCAUGAGCUGGGGCACCGAGCUCUGGGAUCAAUUUGACAACUUAGAAAAACACACACAGUGGGGAAUUGAUAUUCUUGAGAAAUACAUCAAAUUUGUAAAGGAAAGGACAGAGAUUGAACUCAGCUAUGCAAAGCAACUCAGGAAUCUUUCGAAGAAAUACCAACCUAAAAAGAACUCGAAGGAGGAAGAAGAAUACAGGUAUACAGCAUGUAAAGCCUUCCUUUCCACCCUGAAUGAGAUGAACGAUUAUGCUGGACAGCAUGAAGUCAUCUCCGAGAAUAUGACCUCCCAGAUCACCGUGGAGUUAGCACGCUACGUCCAGGAAUUGAAGCAGGAGAGGAAAUCGCACUUUCAUGACGGACGGAAGGCACAGCAGCACAUAGAGACUUGCUGGAAGCAACUAGAAUCAAGUAAAAGACGUUUUGAGCGGGAUUGCAAAGAGGCUGACCGAGCCCAGCAGUACUUUGAGAAAAUGGAUGCUGACAUAAAUGUUACAAAAGCAGAUGUUGAAAAGGCACGACAACAAGCUCAAAUGCGUCACCAAAUGGCAGAGGACAGCAAAGCAGAUUACUCAUCAAUUCUUCAGAAAUUCAACCACGAGCAGCAUGAAUAUUACCAUACUCAUAUUCCCAAUAUCUUUCAGAAAAUACAAGAGAUGGAGGAGAGGAGGAUAGUGAGAAUUGGAGAAUCAGUGAAGACGUAUGCAGAGCUGGAUCGGCAGGUGAUUCCAAUCAUCGGGAAGUGCUUGGAUGGAAUAGUAAAGGCAGCCGAGUCAAUCGAUCCGAAAAAUGAUUCACAGCUGGCCAUAGAAGCUUAUAAGUCCGGUUUUGAGCCGCCUGGAGACAUUGAAUUUGAGGAUUACACCCAGCCGAUGAAGCGCACUGUGUCAGAUAACAGCCUUUCGAAUUCCAGAGGAGAAGGCAAAUCAGAGCUCAAAUUUGGUGGCAAAUCCAAAGGAAAGUUAUGGCCGUUCAUCAAAAAAAAUAAGCUUAUGUCCCUUUUAACAUCCCCCCAUCAGCCUCCCCCACCUCCCCCUGCCUCUGCCUCACCCUCUGCUGUUCCCAACGGCCCCCAGUCUCCCAAGCAGCAAAAGGAACCCCUCUCCCAUCGCUUCAACGAGUUCAUGACCUCCAAACCCAAAAUCCACUGCUUCAGGAGUCUAAAGCGUGGGCUUUCUCUCAAGCUGGGUGCGACUCCAGAAGAUUUCAGCAACCUCCCACCUGAACAGAGAAGGAAAAAGCUACAACAGAAAGUCGAUGAAUUAAAUAAAGAAAUUCAAAAGGAGAUGGAUCAAAGAGAUGCCAUCACAAAAAUGAAAGAUGUCUACCUAAAGAAUCCGCAAAUGGGAGACCCCGCCAGUUUGGAUCACAAAUUGGCAGAAGUCAGCCAAAAUAUAGAAAAACUGAGACUGGAGGCCCAGAAAUUUGAGGCCUGGCUGGCCGAGGUUGAAGGCAGACUCCCAGCACGCAGCGAACAGGCCCGUCGGCACAGCGGCAUGUACGAUGUGCAGAACCCCCCCGCCGUCAACAACUGUGCACAGGAUCGGGAGAGCAGCCCGGAUGGCAGUUACACGGAGGACCAGAGUCAGGAGAGUGAGGUCAAGGUGCUGGCCACGGAUUUCGACGAUGAGUUUGAUGAUGAGGAAUCCCUCCCCGCCAUAGGGACGUGUAAAGCUCUCUACACGUUCGAAGGUCAGAACGAAGGAACCAUUUCAGUAGCUGAAGGAGAAACACUGUACGUUAUAGAGGAAGACAAAGGUGACGGGUGGACCCGCAUCCGGAGAAGUGAAGACGAAGAGGGUUAUGUCCCCACUUCAUACGUCGAAGUCUAUUUGGACAAAAAUGCCAAAGAUUCCUAAAGAUGGUUCCGGGAGCCAGAGCCUCGGGAGAGCCUUCCCAGGAGAAACCCUUCGGUCUGCUUGUCUCCACAGGCCUGGGUGCCCACCAGCGCCUUGGGGCUCUGCUGGUGUGUGGCCCUCGGAACCUAAGCCUGAAGCGACAUCCAUCCCCACGUGCAGCGGCUUGCCUUUUUCUUUCUUUUCUUUUUACAGCAUGUUCCUCGUAGCCUGGUUCCUCCCCUGGCCCAGCCUGGCUGCCUCUUGCGGGGAGGUCUGUCCCUGUCUUGGUCCCCGUCCAACUCGGGGCCACAGAAGGCGGCUUGACGCGUGGUCCCUCCUUCCCGGGCCUCGGCCCUCAGUCCAUCUGGCGCAUCCCGGCCCGUCCACAAUUCACACUGUGCCUUUUGUGAAAACUUUGCCACUGGUCUCCUGGGGAGACGAACCGCAUCUGAACAAGGAGGGUCAGGCCUGCACCAGGUGGACUGGGCGCCCGAAUGUCACUCAUGUGUCCCUGUGUCCUUUACGUUAGAAAAUACUCAUCUUUUCCCAAGUCCACUGGGUAUUCGGUGGUCCUUUCCUGACUGUGCGUCCUCACCUCAUACGAAACAAUUGGCCCUUGAAACGUUUCACAGCCUCAGAGUGUCCGUGGCGGGCACUGGGGCAUGUACACGCACACUCACAUACACACACGUACACACAUUUUUGUUUGGGGCCCUGUCUUCAGUGGCCUGGAAAAGUCCACAGCAAAAGUCAAAUUCCAGCUCUGGGGCCAGCCCUGCUGUCCUGCCCGUGCCCACCUUUCAUGGGGUCAAGGAAGGCCCCAGCCCACCUUCUCCCCGUUGGCCGCCUGUUAAUGAGAACUGCAGGUCGUGAACGAGGGUCUCACCUCUGCAUUAGCUCAUUGCCAAGGGAAGACUCUCCCCUUCCCGUGAAGUCCGAGAUCCGCAUCUUAGGAUUCUAGUGCUUUCAUCACCAAAGACCCUGUGCUUCUCGUGGUGCAUCAAGUGAUCCCGUGGCUACAGCUUCCACAUUUCCCCACCUGCUCUCCAGGCCAAGUGGAAUUAAUCAAGUUUGUUUUUUGAGCUAAAUUUCCUUCCUCUUAUGGGUCUUUGAGGAAGACAUGAGGUCAUGUACCCUGUGGUCACUCAUGCCUUAGAGCAGCAUAGCUUCUCUACUUACUCGGUGCAGAAAAAGCCCAGAGGAAUCAUUGGCUGUCAGUUUCUGUGAGCGAGGAUGCCGUCAGAAGCCCAAGGAUGCCACCAGGCAUCUUUCCUCUCUUGUUUUGCUUUUGGUAACCAGGAGGUCACCUUGAGCAUCCUCAUUGCUUCUCAACCCUUAUGAAUCAAGACAAGGAAAUCUUACAGGAGCCGAAGGGACAAGGACAGAAAGGACAGGUCCUGAGGGUCGGGCCUUUGUUCAGUGGUAGGAAAACGGUUCCUCUCGGCAAACCAGGGUUGACCACACACCAGCCUCUGAGAGUGGCUCAGGCAACCCUUGGUGACAAGAAACCAAGAGGGAGCAAAUACCAAGGGCAAAAAGCAGGGGAAGAGGAAGUGGCUUCAGGUUUGAGCAAGCGUGAGUCACCCCCUCGCCCUUUCUUCCCCAGAGGGAGCCUCUGCAGCUGUGGGCAUCUGGGGGCCGCUCCGUUAACACCCAAGGGGCGGCCCCACUGUCACACACUCCUCAGUCUCAUGAGAGGACUGCAGAUCACGGUGAAGCCAGGAUGCCAAAGGGCGAGAAGGGUCAGGGCCUCACCCGCGUCCCUGCAAACCAGCAGGUGCGUGGUUCCUGUGGACAGUCCCAGUGGCAGGGUGACCGGGUGUCUCCAGCAACUUCUGAAUCUCACCAAGUCAAGCUGCCCACUCUUCACUCUGCAAGGAUGCCACACAUUUUUUUAAAAUCUGAUUUUAGAGCCUUGGGAAUGCAUGUGCAUUGCAUCUUUCAUAUUAGGGGUCAGGAUAGAUUAAUUUCUUACAACCUAGGGGAAAAGGCAUAAAGUGCAGUAAUUUGUUCUUUUAAUGUCUGUUAAACCCAAAAUAGAACAUGCUGGUAUCCUCUUGUAGCCCCUGUGCCUUUUUUUUUUCUCUGUACCACCUGUGUCCAAAAAAGAAUGGAUAAAUGAGUGCUUUUCAAUGUUAACCUUGGUGUUUGCUUCUCUGACAGUCUGUGUGGCUAUGGGGAAAGGGCAAAGCUGUACCAGCUGGGCUUAGUAAAGGAAGUAAGUUAUUAUAGGAUAGUUGAGAUAUAUCACUUACUCUGGGAAUCCUACUGUGAAAUCGUCUAUAUAUUACUAUAGAGCAGUUCACAUAGAGUAGAAACGUGGAAUUUCCCAUGUGCUUUUCUCAGCCUUCCCUCGUAUCCACUGCCCGUCACUUCUCCACCAAUGCUAGGAUAUUGCUGUGCCGUAAGAAUAACUCAUUUUUAAAGAAGCUACCCUGCAAAUAACUUAAAAUGAAAGAGAGGAACCUGUCGUUUACCCAAUUUUUCCUUUGCAGGAUAGGAAAGAAUAAAAAGGCAUGGAAAGCUGUAAGGGGAUUGCCCUUUGGGUUUAUAUCACGAUCUUCCUGAAGCUUUUGGGCGCCAGCAGCCUGUCUCUCCAGCAGUAGUAGCGCAGAGGCCUCUUAUGCCUUUUGGUAACAUCUGUAAUUACUGGAGAAAAGUUUACUGAACAUGAAAAAGUUAUGUUGAUGCUAAGUAUUUUUGCAGAAAUGUCGAUUUCAUACUUCCUAAUGGCUCUGCCUCCUGUGCUUAUAUCAAAAAAACUUUAAAAAGUGAUCCAAAAUUUUAUUUUAACCUGGUGUCGAGCACCUUUAAACUUCUUGGUUUAUCUGUGUGUUGCACUAAUUCUAAACUUUGGAGGCAUUUCAGUGUUGUAAAUGGCCCGUUGCCAUUGUAAAGGUUAUGGAAUUGCCCAUUUGUCUCUGGAGAUAGAAUUAAACCAAAUAAAGUGCUUCCACUGGAAGGCUUAUAUUGACCUUGUAACUAUAUGUUAAUCCUCUAAAUGUUAAAUAAAAGUGUAACUUCUGGCACGGUA